UACUCGUACUUACCUACCGGUCCGAGUUUUCGUCGCUGUGCAACGUAUUCAAGGAUCCCAACGAGGAAACGGAAGGAAAAGAAAGCAAGAAACAAAGAGCUGUCGCGAUAGAAACGAAAGCACUACCUGUACAAACAAGAGGGAAAGAUAUCGUACAACCAGAUCGAGAUGACGCCGCCGUUUUUCAAUACGCAUGCCAGGGCUUGCGCUGUGGUUUUGGCCUCGUCGAAGGGCGGAAGCCUCUUGCCCAUGACAAAGGACAGGCCAAAGCAUCUGUUGCCGGUGGCGGGUUUGCCAUCGAUCGUAAGGCUCCUUGAAUCGAUGUCGGCGUUUUCACAGAUCGUGAUCGCCGUGGAAGAGGGCGACAACAAGACCCUGCCGACGUUACUGGGAACCGACAGCAAUACAGACAAAGCCGUGGCAUCCCUCGUCGAGGGACCACCGGAGCAGCAGUCGUUGGUGAGGACGGCGUCCAACAACGAUGCUUGCCCAGCCCUUUGCUGGGAACUCAAAUCGGAAUUGAAGCGGGGGCAAAGAAUACACCUGGUCAAGUUGUCAGAAAACUGCAACGGUUCCAUCGAUGCGCUCCGGACCAUCGAGGAAACCAAAUUGAUUCAUCCCGAAACCCGGCUGGUUGUCUUUCCGGGAGAUUUGGUCAUCCUGAAGAAAGACACCAAGUUUUUCGACGCGUUGAUACGGCCGGCCUCCGCAGACGUAGCAUGCACGGCAAUGCUAGUAGACGUUCUGGAGCAAGACGAGCACGGGCUUCCCAUCAAGGAGUCUGCCAAGGUGAGUUUAUUGAGACAUUUCUUUGAAGGAACGCAACGAUGCCGACGCAGAGAAUAAUAUCACGCGCAAUCGCAYCCGCACUUGGAAUGGCAUGCUAGCUUUUUUUCACAUUACUGACACGAAGUCGAUUCUAUCAAUGGUGUGAAUGAUUGCCACUUUCCCCAUUUUUUCAAACCAAUGGAAAGACCAAAAAGGGUGGCCUGUCACGCGACGAAGAAGUCAUCGAAUACAUUGGUUUGUCAUUCCCUCCAAAUCGAUCAUCGACUUCAUCGUGGUUGAGCAGAAGCAGCAGCGGUGGCAACAAACCGUCUCUCCCCCGGAUCGUUUUGAAAAAGCUGAAAAAAGACGUUGAGGUUGACGAGCACAACACCGGUGCGACCCCGAAAUUAGUAAUCCCGAAAUCCAGGCUGCGCGGUUCCAACGGAGGGGAGCAAUUGGUAAUCCGGACCGAGUGGAGCGACGUUCACGUGUAUUCCCUGGCUCCAUGGGUGCGACAAUUGAUCGUGGAGAGGGCCAAGAAUUUCAAAAGCUUUUCCUCCAUCCAGGAAGGACUAGUCCCUCUAUUGAUAUCGAGACAAUAUCGCGGGAAACAAGCUACCUUUGGCAAGUCGGUUCUAGCAUCGCUGCAAACGAAACAGAGUGGUGACGACAAUGGCGGAGUCAUGGCGAGCAGCGAGAGCGAUUCCGAAGAUCCGGCUACCACCAGCGCUGCCGGUGCCGAAAACAUUGCUGCCAACAAGGGCAGCGGCUCGGCGGAAUCGACGUCGUCCACCACGAACAACGAAGACAGCGARAACGGAGAGAAUUCGAACAAAGCAGCAAAAUCAUCAGGGCUCCCGAAAGCUGCUAUGGACAACGAACCAUAUUCCGUCCUGGCGGUCGUCCUCCCGGCAAAGACGGUGCUCCGGGCCAACACGGUGCCCGCGUACCUCUUUGCUUGCAAGGAGGCCGUAGCCAGUUGCGGUUCCGAGGAAGACUCCGACGUUCGUAUCCCAGCGGGUUCGAAACGAAACGGCAAGUUCCAGACCCUGACGCUAGAAGGAUCGACCCUUGGCUCCAAAAUUAACAUGAAGUCUUCGACAGUAGGAAGAUCCUGUACGCUAGGCGCCAAAUGCCGCCUCAACAACGUUGUCAUCAUGGACGGCGUUKUGAUCGGCGAACAGUGUUCCCUACAAAACACCAUCAUCGGAUACGGCGCGAAGCUCGGAAAUAAUUGCAGCCUAAACGAUUGCCAGGUCGGACCGGGCAGAGAAAUACCUUCCGGGACUAAAGAAAAGGGAGAAGCUUUCGAGGCGGGAGAUAUUAUGGAGUCGGAUGCCGACAUGAUUCUGUAGUAACUAUUGUGCGCUGGGUGUGCAUGCACCGUGCUGCUACUGCCACUACUGUAGAGACAAUCGAUAACUUUUUAUUCAGAUUCGAAAUAGAGCUGAGCGACGAAACUAGUMUCCAUUGAUGGCAGAAUAUAUUUUAGCCAUCUAC